CGUGGUUGCUCACGACCCGCGGGAGCGUUUUAACAUGGCGGAGGACGCCGUCCCAGCUCCUUCGAGCUCGCGCGGCUGUGCUGACGGCAAGGAUGCGGACCCUGGGGACGAGCUGGCGGCACAGGAGACCCGAGAGGGCCAGGACCAGGUCGACCUCAAGGAACUGCUGGAGGUCGCGGUGCCGGCGGGGGACCCCGAGGACGAGGAGGACGCGGCCUUGAUGGCCGAGGCCGAGACCGUUGCCUCGGGCUGGAUGCUGGAUUUCUUCUGCCUCUCCCUUUGCCGCGCCUUCCGCGAGGGCCGCGCUGAGGACUUUCGCCGGACCCGCGACAGCGCUGAGGCUGUUAUUCAUGGAUUCUCCAGUCUAACAGCUUACCAACUGAGAACUGUAUACAUAUGCCAGUUUUUGGCAAGAAUUGCUGCAGGAAAAGCUCUUGAUGCACAGUUUGAAACUGAUGAGCGAAUUACACCCUUGGAAUCAGCUCUGAUGAUUUGGACUUCAAUUGAAAAAGAACACGACAAACUUCAUGAGGAAAUAGAGACGUUAAUUAAAAUCCAGGCUAUAGGUGUUUGUAUGGAAAAUGGCAAUUUCAAGGAAGCAGAAGAAGUCUUUGAAAGAAUAUUUGGUGACCCAGAUUCUUUCACGCCUUUAAAAAGGAAGCUUCUUAUGGUAAUCUCUCAGAAGGAACCCUUCCAUUCCAUUUUUCAACACUUUAGUUAUAACCACUUGAUGGAGAAAGUUAAGACUUAUGUGAAUUGUGUGCUAACUGAAAAAUCAUCAUCUUUUUUAAUGAAGGCAGCAACCAAAGUAGUGGAAAGUAAAAAAAAAAGAGCAACAGAUUCUCACAGUGAACUGAAUGGUAAUAAUGUUGGAAUGGAAAAUGAGAUUAAUUUGCAUACGGGAAAAAGUGUUACUGACAAACACUGUGCAGUAGCUGAAUCCUCAGAGGGUACAGUAGCCAUAUUGAGGUCGCACAAGGAUCUCUUAGCCAAGUUAAAGCAGAGGAGCCAAGAAGAAGGUUUUAGAAAGAAUAAGGAAACUCUUCCAAAGGGAAGAGAGGUAGAAAACAGAAUCACCAGAGCAACAGCGCCUGUUUUAGAGAACCAGCAAGGAACUCCAGAGAAAAAUCGUAAUAGGAAAAAAAAGGCAUGGGUUUGGGAAGAAGAUAAGAAUCUGAGAUAUGGCGUGAAGAAGUAUGGAGAAGGAAAUUGGUCUAAAAUACUGUCACAUUAUAAAUUCAACAACCGGACAAGUGUCAUGUUAAAGGACCGAUGGAGAACUAUGAAGAAACUAAAACUGGUUUCCGUUGACAAUGACUGCUGAAAUGUGUUUGCCAACACUUGAUAAAGGGACAGUUAAAUAUUUGUUUACCCUGUUUUGUUUGAGAUUUGGUGGUCAUUAAUGUGUUUCAGAAUUUUUGUUAAAAGCAUUAAUAGUCAUUUAAUGUGAAUUUGUAUAUGAGUAAGUUUAUCUGUCAUCAUUGUAUUUAAGAACAUUUUGAUAAAAUAUGAAUAUGUUGAACCUUGA